UCCCCCAUCACCCCCCAUGGAAUUAGCCAUGGACAACAUCCCAAACUUCCCCCCUCAUCGUUCACAAACUAAUAACCACAAUAUAUCUGCUUCUUCAUCAGUCCUUGGCGACAUCGACGCCGACGACCAGAGCACUAUUUCAACUCAUAUAACACCACAGGAUGAUGAAAAGCCCAACAAAAAGUUGAACGAUCCUGACAGCAAUGACAAGGGGUCAUCAGGAAAGAAGCCUCGUCAUCGUCAUAGUCCAACUCAGCUCGCUGCUCUCAAUGAACUCUAUGAGAAAACUGAGCAUCCCAGCCUCGACGACAGGACAGAACUAGCUGAGAAGCUUGGAAUACCGUUAAUGCUGUGGUUUCAAAACAAGAGAGCUUCUACGUACAAGAAGCGCAAUAAACCAGCUGCAUCUGCUUCGACUGACGCACCGCCCUAUCUGCUUCGACGGAGUCACUUCAGUUCGACAGCAACACUACCUGAGAACCAGACUCGAGAUAGCGAUCGGCAACAUGCCGUGUAUGCCGAGAGGGGCCACUUUGUACCCGACGCGGAUAGCCGCUUUGUCUCCGAGAAUGACGGCGCCAGUGAUGGUGUUACGUCUCGAAAGGGCAGAGGCGAACCAGCUCGCAAUAGAACAACCCCUGAGCAAGCUGACGAGCUUCGUCGUGCAUAUGCAUCGAAUGCACAUUCAACCAAGGAAGACCGAAGAGAACUCGCUGAGCGAAUUGGCAUGCGCCUUCAAAGCGUGACAAAUUGGUUCCAGAACCAACGGACCCAGGCCAGGAAACAUAAAGAAGACCACCAUCCCUUCACGUCUUCUUCAUCGACAACUGCAGAUGGAUCGUCCCUCU